AUGUGGACAGCCAUUCUCCUGAGCCUUCUGCUCCACCUUGCAGCUGCUUUUCACCGACUACAUUACCUGGCGGUGAUCCCUGCAGAUCUCCGCUACCCAUCCACCCAAGUUGCCUGCCUUCAUAUCACCUGCUAUGAAGCAAAGAUUCAAGUGAAUCUGGUCCUGGAGCGCUCUGCAGGACGUGAUAUGUUAAUGCAAGAAACCAUUCAGAAAGAGAAGACCUUCAAAUGCACUAAGUUCUUGGUUGCACCUCCAGUUGAUGGCACAGAGGAAAUUGCUACUGUAAUUCUGACCAUCACAGGCCGAGAGGUCAGUAUUGAGGAGAAGAAGAAGGUCCUGAUCCACAAGGCAAGCAGUGGCAUUUUCAUCCAGACGGACAAGCCCAUCUAUUAUCCAGGGCAGACAGUGAAAUUUCGUAUUGUGACUCUGGACGAGGACUUCAUGGGACUCAAUGACUCGUUUUCCCUAUUUAUCCAGGACCCUAAGAACAACCGCAUAGGACAGUGGCUGGAUGUGAUGCCCCAAGAUGGCAUUGCAGACCUGUCUUUCCAGCUAACUCAUGAGCCUGUGCUGGGGACAUAUGUCAUCAACGUAACCAAGGGGAAGGCAUUUGCCAGCUUCUCUGUUCAGGAGUAUGGGCUGCCAAAAUUUGACAUGUUCUUUGAGGGGCCAAUUCAGAUUUAUGCACUAGAUAAAACCUUUCCACUCCGCGUUUGUGGCAGAUAUACCUAUGGGAAGGGUGUCCAGGGGAUGGUACAUAUGAGUCUUUGUCAGAAAACAGCCUCAUUCUUGUACAAUGCUUCAAAAUCUGAUCUCUGUCAGGAAUUCAACAACCAGACAGACAAAAUGGGAUGCUUUUUCACAAACGUGACUCUGUCUUCCUUUAGCCAAGACUUCUGGCACUAUCAGGAUAGCAUACUUGUAGAGGCUUCACUUGUGGAAAAUGGCUCAGAGAUACAGGUCAAUGCUUCCCAGAAAUUAUUCAUAUCCAAGAUCAGUGGGGUGGCCUUGUUUGAGGAUAUGAAUUCUUACUACCAUGCUGGAGACAUGUACAGGGGGAAGAUUAAAGUCAUCGAUCACCAAGGCAAGCCACUGAAGUACAAAAAAGUUCUUCUCAUAGGAAACUAUGGUGAGCAGUGGUUUCAGGAAGAAUACAUCACUGGGGACUCUGGGACAGUUUCGUUUAGCCUGAACACGACUGCAUGGAACAGUACGUCAGCCUCCCUGGAGGCAAGUGUUCUGCAUUCAGAUUCUGAUAGAAAGCUUGGGACAGUUGAUUUGAAUUACCAGAAAGCCACUCAUUCCGUACAUCCAUUCUACAGCACCAGCAGAAGUUUCCUCACUAUUGUCCAUGUGCCUGAAAUGAUACCCUGUGGUAAAAAGCAUACUGUCCAGGUGGACUUCAGAAUUUACCAGGAAGACCUGGAACAUGGGCCUAAACGUGUCAUUUUUUCCUACUUUGUCAUGGGGAAGGGAGGGAUAGUCCACACAGGUCAGAAGACUGUUUGGGUUGGGCUACCAAGAAUGCUGAAAGGCUCCUUCUCCAUCCCUCUUACCUUCAACUCGAUCUAUGCCCCAGCUCCAAAACUUGUGGUUUAUGUCAUCUUUCCUAAUGGAAAAAUCAUCGCUGAUUCUACUAUCUUCAGUGUCUCCAUGUGUUUCAGAAAUAAGGUAGAGCUGAGCUUCUCAAAGGCUGAGACCCUUCCUAAUUCAGAGGUCAAUCUCCAACUUCUGGCAACUCCUGGGUCUGUAUGUGCUGUCAGGGCUGUAGAUCAGAGUGUUUUUCUACUAAAGCCAGAAAAAGAGCUCAGCAGCUCCAUGAUCUAUGGACUGUUCCCAUCUGUUUUUAACUCUGGGUAUCCUCACCAAGUGUCUGAAGAUGAUGAUUUGUGUGGGUCUUCAGAUUCUGGUCAGCCUGAUGUGUUUACAGCAUUCAAGGAAAUGGGGUUGAAAAUUCUGUCCAACACCAAUAUCAAGAAACCAAGAGUGUGUCUAACUACUCAAUCAACAACAAUGCUGAAGGGAACAGGGCCCACGUUGAUGUUUGCCCAGCCCUAUAAAGCAUAUAAGACAGGACAUCUGACAACAACUGCCUAUCAGCCCGCUAAGUAUUUGCCUGUUUCUCUAGCUGAAGAGAAAAUUCACAAGUAUUUCCCAGAAACCUGGAUAUGGGAUUUGUAUUCUGUGGGUCCCAGUGGGAACAAGAAUAUCACUGUAACUGUUCCUGACACUGUCACAGAAUGGAAGGCAGGGAUGUUCUGCACAGGACAUCAUGGCUUUGGACUUGCACCAACCUCCAGCCUGCUUGUUUUCAAGCCCUUUCUUGUGGAUCUCACACUGCCAUCUUCUGUGAUCCAGUGGGAGACCUUCAUGUUGAAGGCUGUAGUCUUCAACUACUUGCAGCAAUGCAUGAAGAUCCAGGUGACCCUAGAGAAGUCGACGGGCUUUCAGCUAAAGCCAUGCAAAGACUGUGUCUACACUGUCUACAGCAGCUGCUUGUGUGCCAAUGAAGCUAAGACAUUUCAUUGGAGUGUCACAGCUAAGCAACUGGGACUAAUGAACUUCACCCUGAGCACAGAGGCUGUGGCCACCGAAGAGCUCUGUGGCAAAGAGAUACCGGUUGUCCCAGCCCAAGGACAGAAAGAUACAAUCACCAAACUACUUGUGGUUCGGCCAGAGGGAGUGUUGAUAGAGAAGGUGCACAGCUCCAUCCUGUGUCCCAAAAAAGGGAAUCCAGCACAAGAGUCUGUGUCUCUGAUGUUGCCUCUAAAUGUCAUUGAAGGUUCCGUCAGAGCCACCAUGUCAGUCACUGGUGAUCUGAUGGGGACAGCUCUGCAGAACCUGGACCACCUGGUGCAGAUACCCCAUGGCUGUGGAGAGCAGAACAUGGUGCUGUUUGCCCCUAUUGUCUAUGUGCUGCAGUACCUGGAGAAGACGAGACAGCUGACCCCAGAGAUCAAAGAGAGGGCUACAAGAUUCCUGAGCAAUGGGAGGUGUGGAUGGAGAAGUCCCCUUGGCUGCCUACAUCACUGCUGCAUACUUAGAGAGAGGAGAGACACCAAAGAUGGGCAGAUCCACUGGAGUGAGACCCCAUCAAAUACAUCCAGCACCAGCCCUUGGUUACAGCCACUUUCUGUAGAUGUAGAAUUGACAGCCUAUGUCCUCUUGGCUCUGCUCUCCAAGCCAAAUGUCACACAGACUGAUCUCCUUAGAGCAUCUGGCAUUGUUGCCUGGCUUAACAGGCAGCAGAAUGCUUAUGGAGGGUUUGCCUCAACACAGGACACAGUAGUUGCUCUGCAGGCCUUGGCCAAGUAUGCAGCACUGACAUACAGCACAAAAGGGGUUGCAGAAGUGAGUGUGAAAUCCCAACGAGGCUUUGGGAUGAAGUUCCAAAUCUCCAAUCAGAAUCGGCUUUUGGUGCAGGAGAUGGCACUGACAGAAAUUCCAGGAAAGUUCUCUGUGCAGGUCCAUGGCAGCUGUUGCGUCUUUACCCGGAUGGUACUGAGGUACAACACGCUCUCCCCACAGGCCUCCACAUCCUUUGCCUUGCGAGUGAAAACCAAGCCAGUCAAUUGCACCAAGGAUAAUAUAUACUCUGUUACUGUCUAUGUUGAUGUCAGCUACACUGGGAAGAGACCCACUUCCAAUAUGGUGAUUGUGGAGGUCUCUCUGCUGUCUGGAUUCAUCGUGGCUCCAGAAUCCAGGACGUCUUUGCAACACUGGCACCUUGUGAGAAGAACUGAGGAAACACAAGCAGGUGUUGCCAUCUACUUGGACAAGUUGGGCCAUAAGUCUGAGACAUAUGUCCUGCAUCUAGAACAGGAAAUUGGAGUGACCAACCUGAAGCCAGGACAUGUCAGAGUUUAUGACUACUACCAUCCAGAGGAGCAGGCCCUGGCUGAUUAUAAUGUUUUCUGCCGCUGAGGUAGGUGUGAGUCCCACCAAAAUUUUUGCUGUUCCCUUUCUUAA